UCUCUCACACACUCGCAUCAGAUCUUCAUCUCUGACCGUCCGAUCAAUCCAGCGUCAUUACAACGUUGUAACAAAAUUCCAAUCAACAAACACCGUCGCACCCCUCUCCCGCUCUCCGGCCAAGAAAACGAUGUCGUCUAGCGCCGAAUCUCCGCCCCCCGCCGCCGUCGAUCCAACGCCGUUACUUUCCGAUCAGAUCUUCCGCCCUCGCCGCCGCCCUCGCUUCCUCCGCCGUGCACCCAGCCUCCGCGGCGCCGCUAACUUCCUCCGCCGCGCCAGCAGCCGGAGCCUCUCCUUGCGCGAGCCCUCCGUUCGCGUCCGAGAAGCGGCCGCUGAUCAAAUCGAGGAGCGGCAGAGUGAUUGGGCUUACUCUAAGCCGAUUGUCAUUUUAGACCUCGUUUGGAACAUCGCCUUCGUUGUCGUCUCAAUUUCGGUGCUGAUUAUGAGCCGGAACGAGACGCCUUCGAUGCCUCUGAGGCUCUGGACUGUGGGCUAUGCGCUGCAGUGCGUUCUUCACGCAGUGUGUGUUUGCUGGGAGUAUAUGAAGAGGUAUUCGGAGCGGAAUUUGGAAGGGGGCGACGGACCUCAAUUAGGGCAUGUGAGGAAUUACUCCAAUUCGAGCUCCGGGAGUGAUGAUGUGGAUUCUGGUGGUUAUUUUUCCGAUCACCGCCAAAGUGAUGACGAAUCUAGCGUUGCUAAACAUCUGGAGUCUGCAAAUACUAUGUUUUCAUUCAUUUGGUGGAUAAUUGGUUUCUACUGGGUUUCUGCUGGUGGCCAACGUCUGACUAGUGAAGCACCUCAGCUUUACUGGCUGUGCAUAACAUUUUUGGCUGUAGAUGUGUUUUUUGUUGUCAUUUGUGUUGCUGUAGCGUGUGUUAUUGGACUUGCUGUUUGCUGCUGUCUACCUUGUAUCAUUGCUAUCUUAUAUGCUGUUGCGGACCAGGAAGGAGCUACUAAGGAUGACAUUGAGAGACUACCUAAAUACUUAUUUCGUAGAAUCGAUGAUUUUGAGAAGCAAAGUGGUGAAAUUCAAGGAUCAUUUGGUGGAAUAAUGACAGAAUGUGACACUGACUCACCCAUAGAGCAUGCCCUUCCUCUGGACGAUGCUGAAUGCUGCAUUUGCCUCUGUGCUUACGAUGAUGGAACUGAACUGCGGGAGCUCCCUUGUGCCCACCAUUUUCACGCAGCUUGUAUAGACAAGUGGCUGUACAUGAACUCUACAUGCCCUCUUUGCAAGUUCAACAUACUCAAAAAUGGCAAUUUGAGUGGUAGUGAAGAAGCAUGAUCAUUGAACCACAUCGCUCUGGGCAUUAUUAUUCUACAUUGCAGCCUGGAUGCUGGUGUGUGGUCUCGUCCCUGCCCCGACCGUUGAUGCGUCGCGAGGCGGAAGCUUCCCGUAUAUGGAAUAUACCUACUAUAUAUAUGCAUAGCCCUUUCUUGUUAAAUAUACAAAACUGAUGUUGUAAUGUUGAAACAUUUUGUUUCCAUUCCAAAUUUUAUAAAUGUGAGCUACAAGAAGUGCCAGUUUUUUGGUUUCUCACGAGUGUUUUGUAAGAGGACAACCAUGUAUUUACGCCGACGUCAUUCGGUGAUUUUAUGUAAAUCCUUAGGCGCCAUUAUUCUCUA